GCCCUGCCCAUGGGCCAAGUUUAGAGCAGAAGCCCUAAUCCUACAGAGCCAGGCCCAUUGCCACCGCUAUUCGGGAUGGGGCCGCCUUCUUAGAAGGCCUUACUGGGGUACACAUGGCCCACUUCGUGGACUAUGAUUUCACUUCACCAACGACUACACGCCUUUCUAGAGCGCAUGUAUGAAACAUGUGGUGAUCGGAACCGUUGUUUCGUUGGCCCAUCACGUGGAUGCACUAUAUAUCAGAAAACAACCGUUGUUCUGCUGUAUGCGUCCAAUUGCGAAAUGCAAAACGGUUAGAUCAACGGUCCAUAUUGAACAAUUAUUAAAAAUACAACAAUGGGAUGGUUGGGGUUUUCAUCAAUCACUUGGGUUUAUGGGCCCACCAGAUCAACAAUCCACGUGUGCAGGGCGCGACCUGGCUCUUGGGAAAAUAACAGAUUUGUCGAGGUCUGGCAGAUUUCUCCUCUUUACUCAGCUUUUUCUCUCUCGUUUGCAGAGUGGGGAGAUGAGCGCAGGUGGUGCAUUUGGUGGAAACAGGGGAUUGAGACCGGUACCUCCAGAAAAAGGUGUAUUCCCUUUGGAUCACCUCCACGAGUGUGAUUUGGAACUUGAUGGCAAAACAAGACAUGUCAGAGCUCGGGUUUGGCAAGGAACAUGAUGCAGAAGCUUCAGAUGAGAGGAACAUAAAAUUGACGAUGGAUGGGCCUGCAUCAUCACAAGGUGGGAAGACCAUAGCUACUUGAAUUAGAAAGCCUGUCCUAAGGCUUUUUACUGACUUUGGGAGCUCUCUCUCUCUCUCUCUCUCUCUCUCUCUCUCUCU